GUCAUCAACCCAGAUCAGCUGUUUGGCUCCGGUUUGACGUGUUGAUCGAUGUCCGCCUGAUCCGAUUUCGACGCUACGCGCAUUGUUUCCCAUGGCCGAAUGGAAAGCACGGAGUGCAAUACAGGGUGGAGCUGACGACAAAUUGGCCGCACACCACGCGCGUCCCGGCGCGUUUCUGUAUCGGGGAGCUGUUAUGUGAAAUCCGGAAUAGCGGAGUGGAGCGCGUUUAAUACACGGGGUCCUUAAGACACGUCGACGUUGACGAGUAAGAUGACGUGUUUGAGUAAAAUUCUGCGAAUAGAUAAUUUAUAAAUAUCACGCCUUCGGAUUCGUCUUAAUUCUGACUCUCUCGCUCGUCGGCCCGUCGUCGAUACCGAUCAUCAGUAAUCGUCGCAUUCAAAUCGUGCGUUGAUUCGCGAACGGACGUAUCGAUUUGAAGGGGGAGAAAAUGGGGCAAACGCUCAGCGAGCCGAUAACGAAGAAGCAGUCGGCCUGCUGCCGGGACAGCAAUUACCGGGUAGGCAGCUCCUGCAUGCAGGGCUGGCGCAUCAAGAUGGAAGAUUCGCACGUGCACAUACUCUCCCUGCCCAGUGACCCGGGCACGGCGUUCUUCGCCGUCUACGACGGACACGGGGGUGCAGCCAUGGCGCAGCACGCUGGGAAGCACCUUCACGAGUACAUAACCAGAAGGAGCGAGUACAAGGAGGGUGAUAUCGUGAAUGCGAUGCAACAAGGCUUCCUGGAGUUGGACAAGGCGAUGCAGAAUAACGCCGCGCUCAGGGACGAGCACGCCGGGACGACCGUCAUCUCGCUCCUCGUCAAGGAUAACAUUUUGUACAGCGCUAAUGCAGGUGACAGCAGAGCGGUGGCGUGCGUCAGCGGCCGGGCGGUGCCGCUCAGCCGAGACCACAAGCCCACGUUGAAGGAGGAGCGUAAGCGCAUCGAGGCGGCGGGCGGUUUCGUCGAGUACAAGAGGGUGAACGGCAAUCUGGCGCUGUCCCGCGCUCUCGGGGACUUCAUAUUCAAGCGGAACGACCACAAGCCACCGCAGGAGCAGAUCGUGACCGCGUUUCCCGAGGUACAACAGUUUACCGUCGACGAGAACUGGGAGUUCGUCGUCUUGGCGUGCGACGGCAUCUGGGACGUGAUGACCAGCGAGGAGGUGGUUCAAUUCGUGAGAGCGCGCUUGGGGCACCCGAGAUUCUCCGGCGACGGAGAAACGUCGAGCCAGACGAUACACCCCGAGGAGAUCUGCGAGGAGCUUCUGAACUGUUGCCUGGCGCCGGACGCCCUCAUGGGCACCGGCUGCGACAACAUGACGGUGAUACUCGUGUGUUUCCUCCACGGCCAGCCGUGUUCGCGAUUGAUUUCGCGCUGCCAAAACCCACCGCCGAGUAUAGACUAAUAAAUAUUCUAAACUGUAGCGAUAUUUCAAUCAUGUGUUUUAUCUAAAUUAUUACGGGCAUUUUACUUUCAGUCUCUCGCUGAUUUGAUAUAUACGACUUUUGAUAUAGAGAAUAUUUGUUGUGCAAUAUUUAUCACGCAAUAUGUACUGGCUCUGUUACAAGGAGAUGAAGCAGAAGUAUUUAUAAAAUACAUUGUAUUUAUAUUUUCA